UUAUUCCUGUCUUGAAAAAACAAUAAUCACUCACAGGUUUUUGUUUAUGAUCUCAAGCUCCCAACAACACUAUUAAACACUCCACAAAUCUCUUGCGAUUCCUUAGCUUCCUUUGUGAUCUUCUCUUCGCUCUUUAGUUACAGAUCUCUUUCUCUGUUUCUCCAAGCCCCAAAUCAGAAUCCAAUCCAAUCAGAUGGCAACGCAGGAAACAGCUCCUGCUUCUGGUCCCAGUGCUGAAGUUGUUGGCAAUGCCUUCGUGGAGCAAUACUAUCACAUUCUGCACGAAUCACCGGAAUUGGUACAUAGAUUUUAUCAAGAUUCAAGCUCGCUAAGCCGACCAAAUACCGAUGGUUUUAUGACAACAGUUACUACCAUGCAAGCAAUCAAUGACAAGAUCCUUUCAUUGAAUUAUGAAGAUUACACAGCUGAGAUAAAAACAGCAGAUGCUCAAGAGUCGCAUGAGAAAGGAGUGAUUGUUCUUGUAACUGGGUGCUUAACUGGAAAGGAUGACGUGAAAAAGAAAUUCACACAAACAUUCUUUCUUGCUCCUCAAGAAAAAGGGUACUUUGUAUUGAAUGAUGUAUUUAGGUUUGUUGGAGAGAACGAACCAAUGCCAAACACUUCUGCUUUGGCUAAUGGCAUCGUUGAAAGUGCUCCACCUGCCUUGACAGCAGAAUCAGGUUGGGAUGAUGUGGUAGAACCAGCAAAAUCAGGUUGGGAUGAUGUGGUAGAACCAGCAAAAUCAGGUUGGGAUGAUGUGGUAGAACCAGAUCCCACUCAGGCUACUGAUCAUCUUACGGUGGAUCCUGCUACUUCCUUUGAAGAGGAAGAUCUAAAUAAUGGUUCUGAAGUUUGUGAUCAUUCUGAUAAGGAGGAUGGUUCAGUGAUUGACAUAGAGGUGGUUGAACCUGUAACUGAUUCAACUCAGAAUGAAAUUCUUGCAACUCUUAAUGCAGCUCCUGCUUCCUUGGAGGAUGCUCCAAAGAUAUCAUAUGCUUCAAUUUUAAAAGUGAUGAAAGGUAACACACCUCAUCCAGUCCAUUUUUCUAUGACUAAAAUGAGAGCUGCACCAAUAAGCAUUGAGCAACAGUCAGCUAACUCUGCAAAGUCAGCUGCACCAGAGGCUUUGGCUUCAGCUGGUAGCAGUGCUGGUGAAACUAGCGAUGUUCAUGAAGAAGCUGAAGGUCACUCUAUAUUUGUUAAAAAUUUACCUUUUGACGCAACAGUUGAACAGCUUGAAGAGGCAUUUAAACAUUUUGGGCCAAUCAAGCGUGGUGGCAUUCAAGUCAGGAGUAGUAAGCAAGGAUUCUGUUUUGGCUUUGUUGAAUUUGAAACUAUGAGUUCCAUGCAGGGUGCUCUUGAGGCUUCACCUAUCAAUAUCGGGGAUCAUCAAGCUAUUGUUGAGGAAAAGAGAACAAACACCCGAGUUGGAAGCAGUAGUGGGAGGGGGAGGUAUUCUUCAGGAAGAAGUGGGUUUCGGAGUGACAGUUUUAAGAGCCGUGGGAACUUUUUUGGUGGCCGGGGACAUGGCAGGAAUGAAUUCAAAAACCAGGGUGAGUUUUCAGGGCGGCCUAGGGGUUCAACUGGAUAUGCUGGAGAGGAUCAUCAGCAAGGUUAUCAGAGUGGAAGCAGAAGGGGAGGGCGUCAAGGUGGGACAAAAAGCAGUUCAUUUUCUACAUGAUUACAGGGAAGGAAAGUUGACAGAUGAUUUUUUUGACAGUACAAAUGAGGGGCAUGAUGACAAUAGAUUUUGUUUUGGUUUUAUUUUUUAGUGUAUUUUUAUAUUUGCAACUGCUCGUAAGAAUAUUACUGAAUCUUUUGUUUUUUUUUUUCAUGCCCCCCUCUCUCGGGGGACAUUUCAUAAAAGCUUACAUGAGAUUGAAAUGGUGUGGCUGCAAUCAUCGAUUAACGUUGUGAUGAUUUCUUAGCUCCCUCGCUCCGUCUUUUUCUUUUAUUAAAAGAAACUGUUUCUCAGCUUAUGUGGAAGGGAAAUUGAUAUCGUUAAUCGUAUUGAAUGAUUUCUACACACACUCUCACAGAGCUUGUCUCUCAUUCAAGGCUGAUGUUGGUUUUUAGCGGCAUCAAAGCAUCAUAGAUGGACUGCUAGCACUAGUGAUAAAUGAUCUGAACUGGCAUAUAAAUUUGGCAAAUGAAAAUCAAUUUGAUUUCUGCAAGUUGGAUACAAAAUUUGAAGCUGCAAAGGCUGCAGAUCCACCAGCUACGCAAAGCAGAACAACUGCAACUUGCAAAGCAACCUCCCAAGGGUAAUCCUCGGGCACAAGAUAGGCACAAGAGGGUCCUAAAAACAGCAGUCCCAGGCUAAGGCUUAACAAAGCCCCUGGGGUUCCCGGGUCUGUAGCUGCUGAGAGGACUCCCAAUUCUUCUGCCUUCGAGAGUAGCCCCAGUUUCUCUAUUGUUGACAAGGAGAGGCCAAACUUCUCUGCUGCUGAAAGUAAGCCUGCUUUCUCAGCUUUGGUUAGUAAUUUAAGUUGCUCCACCCUUGUCAGUAGCUUAAUUGGAGGUGAGGUUGCGAGAGGGCGGCUUCUAGGGCCUUGCUCGCCAAUGGGGAAGACAUUUGAGCUCUGGCUUGGUAUUAAUUGUCACAGAGCAAUAACAGAAUAAGAAAAUGAUGGCUGCUACGAAUUAGAGUUGAUAGCAAGAUGAUGAUGAAAGGUAGAGCAGAGAAGAACUGACCUUUCUAGAGCUAACAGUCUUGGCAGCUGAUGGCAAAGGCUUCUGGGAGGCCAUGGAUUUGAUUAGAAGAGGUGAAGAAUUAGCAUGUGAUAUAGCUGCUGCUGCUGCUGCUGCUUUCAUUCUGAAUGGAGGUCCUCUGCUGCCACACAAUGCUGUGGCCUCCAUCUUCUGGAUUUUGGAAUAGCUCUGAAUGGAAUGGUAUGAAAUGAAUGAUAGACAAAGAAGUGAUGAUGGAUUGGGUUUUUGUCACUUGGGGUGUCCAGCUGGCAGUAUAUGUUUGGCUACUUAUUUCAUCUAAAUAUUAUUGAUUGGUUGCUAUUUUUCCUCCAAAAAAAUAAAUGAGCCCAGCCCACUCACAUCCUGGGGGGAGCCAUAAUUAAUGAUUAAAAAAAUCAUAUGUAAUGUUUCAAUUACUUCUAUUAUAAAAUAAAAAACAAAAAAAAAAACACCCCUUUUAUCAAUGAAAAAAGACUUUUGCCAUUUGCUUUGAUUUCUAGACAAAAUGGUUUUGCAGCACUAAAAUGACAUGGAAAACAAGAAAGAAAUAUUUCGUACAUGUUUGCCCCUGCAUAUUAAAGCCACAAGAGGCAGUCAAGCAAGGCUUCCUCUGUAAUUUUAAAUGACACACCGCAUCAAAUAAAAGCCCUAAUUUCGGUGGAAAAAACCCUGUUUUCUUCUGCCUCUCUAAAAUCUAAAACCCUAAACAAUUCUCUCUCAAUCUUACAAGUUCACCAAUGGCAGAUUCAUCAGUUUCUAUUGACCAGCUAAAAGCUUUCUGGCACUCUCAAGUUCACGAUGAGGAAAAAUGGGCCCUCAACAUGAAACUGCUGCGAGCUGUUGGACUGUUUGCUGGAUCUAUUUUUCUGAUGCGGAAUUAUGGUGAUCUUAUGGCAAUAUGAGGAUUGAUGAAGGGCUGCUAUACUGCAGUCUUAUUUCCGGCCAAAUUAGUACUGUGAGCUCAUGAGGUUGGAUGGGUCUCUUUGGAUACUGUGAAUGGCAGAUUUUCUUGCAAUACUUUCAGAUUUUCCGUAGUUUAGUGUUCUUACUUUGGAAUAUGGACCUGUUUCUUCAAUCUCUGGAAAAUAAACAUAUAUGCUAGAUGACUUGUCUUUGUUUGGACAACUUGCCAAUCUCAUUGAUUCCUGGUAGUUUCUGUUGUUAAUUAACUUAAAUGACUUGUUUUGCUA